UUGAACUGUCCCUUGCAACAACAAACGUACUUGGGUUUAAUUUACUCUGUGAUUAAAAUAUAUUAAUGUAAAGGGUUUUUCGAGUAUUAAAGUUUGAGAGAAGAAAAUUGGGUUGCUUAUCCGUAUGCAGGUGUCACUCAGAAAAGAUAUUAGAGUUUGUUGUAAAUUGUCAGACUGAAUGACACUAUGGUUUUCCAAAAAUUAUCCUGGUCACACUGCACUGCAUAUUAACAGCUGAUUUCGUCUAGCGAUUUUUUUUUGUUCACUUUUGUUUUUCUUUUCAAGCCAAGCAAAUUGAAAGUGUGCAGGUGCGUCUACCACACCUGCCGAAAUCAAGACAAAUCAACAGAAUCAUGAGACAAAAAUUAAUUGUAUAUGGCAUAUUCAUUUCAUUUGCCAUCACGAGUCCUGCCGCCGAUGCAAUACAGGCGCGCAGCGAUAAGGAACAAGCCCAGACCGUUGUUUCUGGCACAGCUGUGCAAUCUGUGGUACCAGUGCAAUCAUCCUCCGCGUCGUCAUCAUCAUCAUCAUCCUCGGCGAGCUCGAAUUCAGCCUUCAAUCCGCUGGGUCCGAAUGUGAUGUGCUCAUUUCUGCCACGCGAUUUCCUAGAAUGCAAAGACCCCAUCGAUCAUCGGUACAAUUUGACGGCAAAAACGGAAAAGGGCUAUGGUUGCUUACGGUUCGGUGGUUCCACCUACGAGGAUGUUGAGCACACUAAAGUCCAAUGCACUGUAUACACGGAUAUCGAUUGCUUUGGCCCCCGAACUUUCUAUCGCGAUGGUGUGCCCUGUGUCCGGUAUACGGACCAUUAUUUUGUCACAACCCUUAUCUAUAGCAUGCUGCUCGGUUUUCUUGGCAUGGAUCGCUUCUGUUUGGGUCAAACGGGAACCGCCGUUGGCAAAUUACUGACCAUGGGCGGUGUUGGUGUUUGGUGGAUAAUCGAUGUGAUUCUAUUGAUCACAAAUAAUUUAUUGCCCGAAGAUGGCAGCAAUUGGAAUCCCUAUGUUUAAGGAAAAUCCUCUCCUUUUCGAUUUUGUGAUAAAUGUCAUUGUAAAUAUAUAUACAUAAAGUACGUUUUAUAUUAGAUAAGUGCAUGAAUUAUACAGAAACUAUAUGUUUAUACAUAUAUAUAUAGUUUGUAGUCGUAUCAGACAAAAUGUCAAUAAAUUUACUAGAUCAAAUUAAA